AUGGACAUUUGUUUGAGGAGGUGUUGGACCACCGCACUCUGUGUUACAUUGAUGAUAUCAUCAUGGAAGACGGACACGGUGCCGGAAAUGAUGCAGCGGUUGGAGAAGGUCUUGCGACUGCGCGGAGAGAGAGGCUUCUACCUCAGGCUAGAUAAGAGCGAGUGGCUUAAGACCGAAGUAAAGUACCUCGGUCACAAGAUUGUGCGGCAAGGGAUAGCACCAGGAGAGGAAGAUAGGCAACGUUCUCAAUGCCCCCGCCCCCGCCUCAAGGAAGGAACUGCAGAGCUUCCUGGGAGCCGUUGGGUAUCUACGACCCUUCAUCCCGCGAUUCGCCGAGUACACUGCCCCACUGUUCGAGUUGCUCAAGAAGGGCAGGUUGUUCGUCCGGAUGCUCGAGGAGAGGCAUUCGUGAAGCUGAAGCAGGUGGUAGCCGGUGCGUCGUUGCUCCACAAGCCAGUUCCAGGAGCGCCGCUCAUCAUCGGAACAGAUGCCUCGGAGGUUAGCAUUGGCGCGGUGUUGAAGCAGGUGCAAGAGGGUAGAGAGGUCCCGUUAGAGUUCGCGUCUAAGAAGUUCACCGACACGGAGAGAAAGUGGGAUACGAGAGAGAGAGCUCUUCGCCGUCAAGUGGGCUGUAGAGAGGUGGUGCGACUACGUAGCGCUCCAUCAUUUUAUCGUACGCACAGAUCGAGCCAACCUACGCUACCUUGUGGGAGUAGACAAAGGGAAGGUGUUCCGCUGGGCGCUGGCGCCCAGCAGAGUCAACUUCGCCUUAGAGUUCCUGUCGGGAGAGAAGAAUAA